CCCAGCCGCCCGCAGCCCCGGCCCAGGCGGGCCCAGCCGGGGAUCCACGCGAGAAGCCGGGCGGCUGCAACCUGGGCCAGCGAGGGGCUGCAGUCAGAGCUGGGGAGGCGUUCCCCCCGGCUGUCAACCUUCAGGGGCCCGGAGCCAGGGCCGGCUUCCGGAAAGAGUUGGAGAGGUGGCUGCCGCGAGUUGCGCGGGGCGGAGAGGCGUUGAUUUCCGAGCGGUUUAUGGGUCGGACGACGGGGCGAUUUAUGCAGCAGGCUCCUGUUUCGGCACUGCCAAGGCUAUGCGAGAGCGCGGUCAGGACGGCCUGGCAGGACUCGCGCUGUGUGUAGGACUCUUCGGGCACGCCGCGAUGCUGCACCGGGCCAAGUACAGCCGCUUUCGGAACGAGUCCGUCACGUCCUUGGACGAAGGCAGCCCCGGAGGCGCGGUCGGGGCCAAGGGCGCUCCGCUGCCCCCCUACCCCGCCUUGGCACCUCAUCCGCCGGCGGAAGAAGCCACCCUGGCGCCCCAGGAGAGCCCCACGCCGCUCUGCACCUUGAUCCCCCGCAUGGCGAGUGUGAAGCUGGCCAGCCCGGCUACCUUGCUGAGUCUGAAGAACUUCUGCCUGGGGACCAAAGAGGUGCUUCGGCUAAAGCUCCAGGACAGCCAGGAGGCCGCUCCGGGCCGCCCUGCUUCCCCCGAAACCAGUCAAAACAGGGCCGGGUCUGCACCUGCGCCCCAGCCCGAGCCGGUGGGGCACAGAGCACACGCCUUAACUCCCGACGUCUGCCCGCUUCCGGGCCCUGGGGAGCCGGUCCCUGGGAUCAGGCAGGACAGACACUUUCUCCAGCACCUGUUGGGGAUGGGCAUGAACUACUAUGUGCGGUACAUGGGCUGUAUUGAAGUGCUGCAAUCAAUGAGGUCACUGGAUUUUGGAAUGAGAACCCAAGUUACAAGGGAAGCAAUAAGUCGCCUGUGUGAAGCUGUCCCCGGAGCAAAUGGAGCCAUUAGAAAGCGAAAGCCUCCAGUUAAAUUCCUAUCAACAGUUCUUGGCAAAAGUAACCUUCAGUUUUCGGGAAUGAAUAUAAAACUGACCAUCUCAACAUGUAGCCUCACACUGAUGAAUCUCGACAACCAACAGAUUAUUGCAAAUCAUCAUAUGCAGUCUAUUUCAUUUGCCUCUGGAGGGGAUCCUGAUACUACAGACUAUGUUGCCUACGUAGCUAAAGAUCCAGUUAAUCAACGAGCCUGUCACAUACUGGAAUGCCGCAGUGGAAUGGCCCAAGAUGUCAUCAGUACCAUCGGGCAGGCCUUUGAACUCCGGUUUAAACAGUACUUGAAAAAUCCUUCUUUGAAUACUUCCUGUGAAAGUGAGGAGGUGCGCCCUGACGGCAGUGCCGAGGAGAGAGAAGACCGUGAGUACUACAAUGAAAUCCCAGGGAAGCCGCCACCUGCCGGCGGUGUUUCCGAUGUGCGGGUGACAGUUCCAGCUGCAGAGCAAAUGGCUUACUGCCCAAUACGGUGUGAGAAGUUGUGCUAUCUGCCUGGAAACUCCAAGUGCAGCAGUGUAUACGAGAACUGUUUAGAACAAAGCAGGGCAGCGGGUCACGCCCAUGAGAGAGGGGUACAGCCCCAGCAAGACACCUCGUUACUGAAGCACACGUGUCGAGUGGACCUCUUUGAUGACCCCUGCUACAUUAACACUCAGGCUUUUCAAAGUACUCUUGGCUCUGCUUGGCAUCAAAGCUCAGCUCAGACGCUUGGGAGCCCGUGGCACCAUGGAAAGGCACCGGCAACUGUCCAGCCAGGCGCCACAGCCCAGUCUGCUGGCACAUGUUCUUUGCCACAAAUUAAGCAGCAGCUGCGAAAUGAAGACUGCUACCACGGCAAGCUGAGCAGGAAGGCAGCAGAGAGCCUCUUGGUAAAGGAUGGGGACUUUUUGGUUCGAGAGAGUGCAACAUCCCCUGGCCAAUAUGUGCUGAGUGGACUGCAGGGAGGCCAGGCAAAACAUCUUCUCCUGGUGGAUCCUGAAGGCAAGGUGAGGACCAAAGAUCAUAUAUUCGAUAAUGUCGGCCACCUUAUCAGAUACCACAUGGAUAACAGUUUGCCAAUCAUCUCUUCUGGAAGUGAAGUAAGCCUUAAACAACCAGUGAGAAAAGAUAGUAAUCCAGGACUUUUGGAUUCCAACAAAUGACAAUAUGGAAGUACCAUCAUCCUGAUAUUUCAAGAAACACUACUUUGUGUCAUGUCAGGUCACAAAGAAAACUUGAACUUUGUUUCUCUGAUUUGUGUUAGGAGACAAAGAUAACUUGGACAUUGUUUCUGGAUAAAAUAGAGCACGAACUGUGAAGUGUGUCUUUCCAAGACCAUUGUGGACUAGGUCCUUUAUGAAACAAAGAACUAACAAAAGUUGAUCUUCAGAAAGUAAAAACCAGAAACAGGAUGAGGAUUGGCCCAUUUGGAAAGAAAUUAUAUGUACGCACGGAUGUCACUUUUUAAGGUCACACUGCAUUGAUAAUAAGCUAAAAGCACAAGUAAACCUUCACAUGCUCAAGACAACGUGAAUGAACUGCUGGGGUAGUGGUACGUGCCUUUCAACUCAAUAUUUGGGGGCAUUUUCAUAUCAAGGAGAUUAGUUCUAAGUGUCUUCAUGUUCUAUACUAUAGAACCAUUUGCCAAAAAAAAAAAAAAAUUUCCUUGCAACAAAAAAUAAGAAGCCAUUUGCUUGACUUUAUUGCAUUUUCUGUUUAGUAGCACUUUCAAGGCAAUGUUAAAAUAAUUUUGGCGUUGAAUAUGGACUGUGCCUUUGCUAGUGGAAUCAAAUCAGAAACCAUUAAAAGCAUUGGUCUCUCCCAUUUGCUGGUUAAAGGGGUGGGGCCCAGAUUCUCUGGCCUGCUGUUUCUCAGUCUUUGCUAUGGAGACUGUUCGAAUGCCGCUGAACGGGCCAAAUUUAUCAGUUAUUUCUGAUUUCCUCCUGUUUCUCCGCCUUCUCUCCUCCAGAACAACUUCAUGAGUGCAUGGAUUUAAAAGCUGGGAAACAAAGGCAGUGCUCUUCAUACUGAACAUCCAAAUUAGUUCCAUUCUUAUUGAAAGUAUGGAUUGGAUGUAUAGGGAAUCAUCUUCUUGACCAGCUACCACUGCAUCAUAGUCCCCCACUUACAUUUAUCCUCAGCGCCUUUUCUAGAUAUGAUCAGACAAAACGCAGAAGGGAGAACACAUACUGAAUGAAACCGUUGGAGAGAUUGCCACACGUAGACCCAACCAUAAACUGAUGGUGUAAUUAAGCACUGUGUAGGGAAAAGCACUGGGCUCAGUAGGCUUGGGCUUUGGGUCUCAUCAGUGUGACCUUAAGCAAGCUGCUGAAUCUUCUAGAUUCCAGUUUCCUUAUCUAUACAAUGAUGGAGCUGGGCUGGGUGAAUUCAGAGGUCCAUUCCAGCCCUAACAUGUUUUGGGUCUACAAAACAGCAAGUUUUCUGUAUCUGAGGGGUUGAUGCCAGUAACUAGUCUGAAUAGUAAAGAUGGAAAUUCAGUUGUUUUCUUCAGUCUUACCAGCAGUCAUGGAAUGAAUGGCCCAGCUGAGAUCUACAUUCAGACAGUUUAGCCCCCAGUCCUUUCAGUGUGAAACACUGAUGUUUUGGGAUAUAUAGAUAUGGUAGUAAGGUGGGCUUUGUUGUUUUGACGGGCACAGCACUGCUUCAGUCCUUACCUGCCUUUGCACGCAGAGUUAUGGCCAUCACCACAGAGUGUUGCUUAAUCCCGAGUUUCCUGGACAGUUGCCUUACCUCCAUUUUAUCUGGCUUUGUAGGUACAACUGAAUCUUUGUAACUGUGAUAUAUUUACUAAGUUUUAAAUAAAAUACAGAGAACAUCUUUUGGACAGAAAUCAAGCACACUGAACACCUACUUUUAUGUCAAGGUUUAUGGUUUUAUUUUACUUCUGCGGCUUUGAUUUCUUAGAUAGGCCUAUUUCCUUUUAUACAACUAGGAAAUAAUGUAUUUUUCAAUUUUGCACACACCUUCGUUCUUGGUUAUCUGUUCUAAUAAAGGGAGCAGCAUGGGUAUAGAUGAUAGAAAUCGAUCAGAAAUCUAAGCGCCUUUAUCAGAGACAGGGCAGGGCUGGGCGGAGUGUAAAAUGGGAAGCAAGAAAGAGUUCCUAAAGCAAAUAGAUGCACAGAGCACAGGUGAUGUGAGCACGCCACAAGGACAGUCAGUAUUUGACUGUAGUGGGUAUAGUGGUUGGCUGAGCAAAUACUUCAGUUACAAAUGCCACAGACGCAAUGAAAACAAAACCAAACAGAAAAAGAAAUGUCUGACUGCAUGCUAUUUUUCAUCUCACAUUCUUACCUUUACUUAUUUAAAGUGGAAAUCCAUUUGCCUAUAUAAAUACCUGUAAAUGAUUAAAAAAAAAUAAAUGACGAUUGCUUUGUGACAAUAGACAGUGUAUGUCUGAUGUUUGGGAUUUGGGAUUAGUCAUUUCUGGAUGGCUCACUCAGAUUGGGUCAAUCAAGGUGAGUUAACAAAGGGCUGUCGACAAAGUUGUAGGCAGAGUGCAGAGAAACCGCAGGGAGAGUGCCGUGCCCUGGGGCCAGCGAGGGGGCAAGGAGAGGGGGCAGUACAGAAUCUGGAGAGGGCUGUGUGGAAGGGCCACCUUUAGGAGCUGCAGCCUGCAGUGGAGGGAUGCCAUCAGCCCUGGUGACUCCACAUGGAGGAGACUGUGGGCAUGAAAAGCCUGACUUCUUUCUGCUCCUUUUUUUGGACUCCUGCCAGGGUUCCCCACUGGUCCAAGCAACUUGAAGCCAGAGAGAAAGGGAGCUCCUUCAUGCAGCGCCAAAGGUGAGCACCCCGGGCACAGAGCAGGAUGGAAAAGAGUGGGGAGGGCAUCUGCAGGGCAGACCAGGCACCCCAGUGCAGAGGGUUUUGAGGUAUUCAAGCUUCUAAAAGCAUCACAUGGCUCAGGUGAACAAGAAAGGUGAAGCCAAUGUGCAGAGGAGGAAGUACAGAGAUUCAGGUAACCAGACAGGAACCCAGCAAAAAUGCCAGCUUUCUAUUGUUAAAAACCAACUAAGUCCUGAUUUUGAAAUGUGGGUUACUUUGCUCAAUAGCAACUUUGAAUACACUUCAGUCUUACAGAGACACCUUUACUCCUUGGCCUUCCUGUUUCUUGUGAGUCUGUCUACUAGCUAUGCCAUUUUCUCACUUGUAAUUACGUAUGGAAAAGUAAUGGCUCUGACUCUGCCACCCUUUGUGACUGGAAUUGUAGAUCCACAACGAUUACAAUGUGAGAUAAUCUCUUAAUGACCAAACACAGUUGUGACAUACGCCAUCUGCAUAUGAAUUGUCUCUCUAAU